AUGGGUUCAAAUUCGGAUAUGUCAUUUCAUGUGUUAAUUGUAGGGGGUGGCUUGGCUGGACUCUCACUUGCUCAUGGACUUAGAAAGCACAACAUCUCAUUCACCAUUGUGGAACGAGAGACGGCGCCACGAGACCGAAACUGGGGCGUUACCCUAUCAUGGGGACACGCACAGCUUGAGCGCCUUCUCCCACCCGACUUGUAUGCAAACCUACAAGCUUGCCAGCCAGACUCCUCCCUCGAUGUCAAGACAUCCAAGAAGCAGUGCGCUCUCAUUCGCGACGGAGCCACGGGGGCUGUUCUCAAGGCCGCGCCGUACCCAGGGGUUCGAAGACUGCAGAUCCAGAAGACGAAAAAGAUAUGGGCGAAAGGUCUAGAUAUCAAGUAUGGGAAGAAGCUGGUUGAUAUCGAGGUCCUUGAUCCCGCUAUCAAUUCGGGUCAGAGAGUACUCGCUAAAUUUGAGGAUGGCACUACAGAAUCUGCCUCCGUGAUCAUCGGCGCCGAUGGCGGCACGUCAAAUGUUCGCCGGUGGUUGCUUGGAGAGGAGCUGGCCGCGCAAGAAGUCCUCCCUUAUUCGUUUAUGAAUUUCCCGUUCACUCUUCCCGCGGAAAAGGCACUUUGGCUCGAUAACGAGAUGAAUCCUAAUGUGGAUGUUGCACCGCAUCCGAAGAGUAUGUACAUGGGCAUCUUUCUUCUCGACAAACCCGACAUCGAUAGACCGGAGACUUGGAUGUUUUACAUUCUCACAACCUGGCCAAUCAAAACUAAGGAGGACCAGGACAACACGGAAAACCGCCUGGAGAGGCUGCGGAGUCAUAUGGAUGGCUGGGCGGAUCCUUAUCGUAGUGUCGUGGAGUGGUUGCCAGAUGACGUUAUCAUCAGAAAGGACCAGUUGCGAAUUUGGCACCCGAUACCGUGGGAUAACCACAAUGGUAGAGUGACAUUGGCAGGUGAUGCAGCCCACAGCAUGACUUUCCACCGUGGACAGGGUGGUAACUUGGCUAUUCAGGAUGCCGAUGAAUUUGUCAAGACGAUGCUUGCCGUGCGGGGUGGUACGAAGUCACUUGAAGAGGGUGUAAGGGAGUACGACAAGAGCGUUUUGGAAAGAGGUGAAGAAGUUGCCACGUCCAAGGCGCAGACCAUCGCAUUUCAUGACUAUGAAAACUUUCUUAACUCUCCUGUCGUCCGUAUGGGUAUUAAGCCACUAGCAACAUAG